GAUGUCUUGGAAGGAUGCAUGUCUCCUGUUGUGCUGUCCCCUUAUUCUGGCUGGGUCCUAGACAGAGUGAUUGGGCAAUCAGCCCAAGAAAUCGCACCCUCCAGAACUUCAACACCUAAAGAAUCCGCUCCCCUCACAAACCAGCCAUCUUCUCUGGAGAAGAUCACGUCUGCAAGCCACCAGGGCUCUUCACCACUUUCAUCUACAGAGCCAAGUGAAACAAAGGGAAAUGAUGAUCUUAGUCUGGUGGAAAUGGAUCAAGAAGUUCUGCCAUCUAAAGUUACAGAAGUUGAAGGCUGCAUUCGGAUGUAUGAAGAGAUGUACAGGUUGAAAGGAAAGGAGGGGCUAAGGCAACGGCAGGAGCAGCAAGAGCAGAUGGUGAGGGCAGUGUACGACCUGGCAAGUGAACAACUGAAGCGCUUCGAUGAACUGAAGGAGCUAAAGCAGCAUCAGGAAUUCCAAGAUUUGCAAGAAGUAAUGGAGAAGAGCUCAAAGGAGGCUCAGGGACAGCAAGAGAAAUUGAAGGAAGAACACCGACACAGAGCAAAGGUAUUAAACCUGAAACUGCGCGAGGCAGAGCAGCAGAGGCAGCGUCAGGAAGAGCUGGAGCGUUUGCGUAAGGAAGAGGGCCAGGAAAGAUUGCGUCGCCUUUAUUCCAUCCAGGAGGAAGUGCUGCAGCUUAACCAGCAGAUUGAUCCCAAUUAUAGGCACAAAGACUUGCCAAGAAUCGAUCUUUCUGCAUACAGUAAUCGUGGCAACCAGAUCUGCGGGCUGGUGUCAGGACUCAUCCGCACCACAAGUGAGAGAGGUUUCCCUACUCCAGCAGAUGUGGCCAACACUGAACGAGCGCUGCAGGAGAUGCGAGGGUUGAUAUCCAGCAUGCAGCAAGAAAUCGCUGCAGCUGUGGAAGAAAAAAGGAGAGAUGAAGAGGAAAAGAGGCAGAAGCAGGAAGAGUUACUGAAAAAAGAGCAGAUGAAGGCUCAGACUCCUGCCCCUGCACAGCAGUCAGGUGGAAAGCAGCAGAAGGAAG